AUGACUGAUGCUGGAUUCUUCAAGGAUGCUCGGUUUGCUGAUAAGAAAAAGAAGCUGAUGAAGAGCAUGAAAUUUGGAGAUAACUUGGAGAGAAAAAUCGAUAUGACCAAAAUCAAUCUCGAAACUUUGCGCCCAUGGAUAGUAAAGCGCAUCACGGAGUUACUCAGCUUUGAAGACGAGGUGGUUUGCGACUACAUCUUCAACCAACUCGAAGAAAGGGUAAGCUGCAUGAUUUUCCUCGUUCUUUCGCCACCCUUAGUCGUGUUAUCUCUUUGA